CCACACCAAGAGCGCUUUCAUUGUGCAAUCAAGUAAGUGACACGGACAGAAAAAAGACAGCAAUGGCUUCUUUAGGCUUGCAGAUUCUAGGCGUUGCGCUGGCGGUGCUUGGAUGGAUAGGAAACAUACUCAUCUGCAUGUUGCCCCUGUGGAAAGUGUCCGCUUUCAUCGGGAACAACAUUGUGGUGGCCCAGACCAUCUGGGAAGGACUCUGGAUGACCUGCGUGGUGCAAAGUACAGGCCAGAUGCAGUGCAAGGUGUACGACUCGCUGCUGGCGCUGCCCCCGGACCUCCAGGCGGCCCGAGCCAUGGUCGUCAUCGCCAUCCUCUUUUCCCUGUUCGGCCUGCUGCUUUCUGUCGUCGGAGGGAAAUGCACCACCUGCAUUGGGGACGACGCGGCAAAAGCGAGAGUGGCCGUCUCUGCAGGCGUCUUCUUCCUCCUCAGCGGGGCUUUGUGUCUCGUGACGGUGUCUCUGCCUGCAAACACCAUCAUAAAGGACUUCUACAACCCCAUGGUUCCCGAUGCUCAGAGGAGAGAGCUGGGGGCCUGCUUGUACAUGGGCUGGGGAGCAGCAGGACUGCUACUGAUUGGGGGGGCUCUUCUGUGCUGUCAGUGCCCGUCAAGAGGAGAGCGCUACAACGGCCCACGGUACUCUCCUCCUAAAUCUGCAGCACCCGGGAAGGAGUUUGUCUGAGGAGCUGCAUGUAUGGCAUGCAGAGGAAAUGACUUGCAGUACAUACCUGUCUCCUAGCAAGCUCUGGAUUGCACUGUGACUGUUUUUCUUUCUUUCUGACUAACACACUGGCCUUCUGAUUGUGUAAGGUACGUGGCAUAUAAGAUUUACUAACACCUUUUUUAAGUAUCUUUUGUUAACCUUUCAGAAAAAAGUGUAAGCCAAUUUUGAUAUUCCAGUCAAUGCAUGUUUCGCUUGUUUGUUACAUGAGAUUUAUUUCUCCUGUUUAGUUUUUUUCAAUUCAGAUAAUAAAAUGUUGUGUCAACAAUGUAAUGUCUGCUUUUCUUUUAUACAUUUUGUGAACUUCAAUUUACACAUCAAAAUGAUCUCUUCUUACCAUACUUGAUCAUAUUGAACAUGUCCAUGGGAAUUUUUAGUUGUUGGUUUGUUUUUUACAAAAUGCUUUGAAACAUAUAUUUAAUCACACUUAAACCUGUGAAAGUAAUUAAGUAAAAUUAUUAAUUCAUGAUUUGAUUAGUUUUUUUGUUUGUUUCUUUGGACCUUUUAAACACAAAGUACCAUAUAUAACAAUCGCAGACGUGUAUAAAAGUUAAAUUUGUCCCUCACCAGCUAAAACAUUAAAAUAGUUCAUCCAUCAAUAUCUUUAUAUGACUAACAUAAACUACCUAACACAAUACUAAGGACAUUGGCCGUUUUAUGUCAUGAACAGGCAUUUCUUAUUUUGAGUACAUUUUAUUGAAAUGUACUUAAAAUGUGCAAGUAACAAGCUUUCAGUUUUGUGUUUCUUACUUUUAAUGAACUAGUUUUUAAAGAAAUGUUGGAUAAACAUGGAUUCAUGAUUGAAUGUGCCUUCGUAUGUAAUAAUAGCUGUCAAAGGAUAGAAAAGUGCUUUUACGAGUACAUUGAUUUAGAUUUUCAAGUAAAGCUCUGAUCUUAUUUUUUUUUAGGUCAAAUGACAACAGAAACUUUGUUUGUGACAAUAAUAGCUGCAUUAUGUUUUUUUUACUCUGGUUCCUGCUUAAAAUCAGUGAAGAAAAAUGAAAAUCAGUUGGAUCUGUUGAGACAGGAUGCCUGCUGUAACCUUGCGUAUUUACAGUUUGAAUACUGCAUUAUCUGUUUUUAUUAAAAUGUGACUGUGACAGUCGAUAUCACAAUAAAUC